CUGCGCACAAGAUUUGCCGUCUUGUGUCUGUGUGUCAAAAUGGCGAAAUUCGGUGAUUUAAAAUCCUUUCUUGAAUCUUCAUUAAAUGAAAUUUUCCGCGCGACUGUCAGCGAUAUUCUGGAUUCAGUGGAUCAAACUCUGACGGAAUAUCAGCGCAAAAUGCAGCGAAUUGAGUCUGAAAAUGAAGAUUUGAGAAAGCGACUGUGUGCAAAAGUGGAAACGACAAAGCGCGUCAAAACAGAGAACGAAGAGGAUGCUGUGGCUCAGUUAACUGAAGAUCUGUAUCCAGCCACACAUAUAAGUGAACCCAGACAUCAAACUAAGAUCACCAGAGAUUUACAGACCAACAGAUCACAAAGCCCACAGCAGCUUAACAAAGACUGUUCCCCAAGUACACGUGUAACUCUAAAGCCUGACCCUGAUGCUGAGGACAGCUGUGCAGUUGACCUGUCCAUGUCUCACACUUCACCUAAACACACAUAUAAAGAUAUUGAAACUGAGCAAGAUGCGGAAGGUUGCGUUGAUUUUAAAUGUCCUCGGGAGAUGCCCGGUGACUACGACAGUAACGUUAAAGUCACCAUAGUGUCAGAUGAGAUGUAUUGUGUUGGUGAGGAUGAUGACCACAGAGCAGAUGCUCAUUCAGAGGAUGAAGCACGGGAUCUGUAUGAGACAGAACCACGGAGUCCAGAUGUAUUUUCAGAGGAAGGGUUUUCUGGGAUAUUCCAGGUGACAGAAUCUCCACCAAAAUCGCAAGCAUUCACACUGAAUUCGAGUUACAAUUGCAGUCAGUGCAAUAAGAGCUUCAAGCAUGAAGCGUCACUCAACAUUCACCUGAGAGCUCACUUGAGCAGCGAGAAGCCGCUCAUCUGUAGCUAUUGUGGAAAGGGUUUCGACCGAGCCGAUAUCUUUAAAAACCAUCUGCGCACGCACACUGGAGAAAGACCCUUCGCCUGCGACCUGUGCGGCAAGAGCUACGGCCAUCAGAGCCAGCUGCGCAUACACAAGAGGAUUCACACGGGCGAGAGGCCGUACUGUUGUUCGUACUGCGGAAAGCGCUUCAACGAACACAAUCAACUCAAAGUCCAUUUACGAACCCACACGGGCGAAAGGCCAUACAGCUGCAGCGUGUGCGCUAAGACCUUUUCCAACGCUGGCAAUCUCAAGAGUCAUCUGAGGGUCCACACCGGGGAGAAGCCGUACAGCUGCGGCCAGUGCGGCAAGAGCUUCAAUGGAAUGGGAGACCUUAAAACUCACUUCAGGAUCCACACGGGCGAAAAGCCGUACCAGUGUGAACUGUGUACAAAGACGUUCAGCCAGGCCGGACAUCUGACCAUCCACAAGCGCAUGCACACCGGAGAGAGGCCGUACAGCUGCGACGAGUGCGGCAAGCGCUUCACUGUGGCCAGCAGUCUGAAACUGCACCAGUUAACUCACACCGGAGAAAAACUACACAACUGCUCGCAUUGCGACAAGAGCUUCAGCAGAGCGUGUCACCUGAAGAGACACGAGCUGGUCCACACCAAAGAGAAGCUCUACUCCUGUUCGCACUGCGGCAAAAGAUACAGCGACCAGUCUUCAAUGAAGAAACACCAAAAACAACACAACGCAGACAACACGGAAACACAGCAAUGUGAAGACGGUCGCAACGCUGCUCAAAAUCUAACAGAAUAGACACCAGUAAUCAUCGUAAUGAACUCGAAAACAUGUUGUGAUAACAGUAACAAAUAUAUGACAUGUGUACAUACACCGUGAUCCUGCUUCCUCUAGCAGUAAUAUUUGUUGUAAUAUUUCAUUGAGGAUUACACAACACACAAUGAAAUUAGGAGGGAUUUAUGUUGGCACUGUUUUAAUAAUCAUGAUGAUUGAUUCGCUAAUAUUUCCAUAGAUAAUAUAAGCAGAGUUUGUAAUUAAAUCAGCUAUAACAUAAUUUAUUUGUGGCAUCCUAAUGUGUGCAUGGCAUGCUACACAUCUAAAACAAUGAGGACUGUAAAUGAACAUUCAGUACUACAGGUCUCUUAGCAGAAUGAAGAACAAACAAGAUACCAUAACAGUUAUCUUUUCAUGACGGAUGUUAAUGAGGUUUCAUUAUAAUCAACAAUAAAUCCCAUUUAUGCUGCACAAUACAAAUGUCUUCAGUGUAUUCUUGAUUAUUAAUGUUGAUUAUUAUUAUUGUUGUUGAUGUAUUCGUGUCGUGGCUACAACAAGGUAUUCAGGCAAAACUGUGAUUUUUGGUGAAUACUUUGGUUAAUGGUGAUCUUCACACACUGUGUUGAUGUAUGAUAUUGUAAUUAAGGUCCUAUUUAUUGAGUGAAGAGCAGCCUGUUAGUUGUCUAUAAAUUAUGCAAAAUAUAAUUGAGAUUAAAGUUGGCGUAAGCUGUUUAGGUUUGUGUGUUUAUUGUUUUAAUGUUUGUGAAUACAUACUCGCAUACAUAUA